CUGCAAAAAAGAAAUGUGAAAAACGCUACCAAAAAUAACAGUAAAAUCAAAUUGUUUUGCCUUUGUGUUAAGGCUGCGAAUUCUCGCUACUUCCGCUGAAAAGUUCAGCGAUUUAUAAGCAUAAAUAAAUUUAAUAUAUAAUCAUGGCAAAUAUCAGCGUUUCAACUUUGAUCUCCUUCGAUUCGGCGGAAACCACAACAAGUGAUUUCAUUGCGAAUCUCAGCUCAACCACAGCACCAAGCAUCAUCGAGCAGUCCUUGGCGUUGUAUCAUAAUCGGCGGCGCUUCUUAUUCAGCGGCAUUGUGCUGCUGCUCGGCGUUAUUGGCAACUCCUUGGCGCUGGCGAUUUUGGCGCGUAAAAAGGCGACGAAGAACAGCAAAUAUACCUUGUUGUUGCGUUGCUUGGUGUCGAAUAACCUUAUCGGCCUGCUCGGCAUAUUAACAACGUUAAUGCUUAAAAUAUAUGUUCCCGAGGAUGAGUUCAAGGCCUACGUGCGUUGGGAUUGCACGCUCAAAGUUUUGUGUCGCUUCUUUGGACUCAGUUCCGGUUGUAUUGCGGCAGUGAUGGCGAUUGAACGCUUUAUGGCGCUAGCCAAACCAUUCAUUUAUCAUAAGCACAUCACGUACGCGCUUGUUCGUAAAACCAUCAAUUUAUUGGUGUUUAUUGCGGUGGUCGUCACGUUUUUGCCCUUCACCGGUUUUGGCGCCUACAUCGAUGAGAGUAAUCCAGCAAAUCCGAAAUGCUUGCGUUACCGCGAUGCUGACGGAUUUUGGAAUAAAACAUACUCCGUGCUGUUUAUGUCUUUUGGCACCCUUUUGUGCGUCGUAAUUGUUGCUUGUAAUUUGUUCGUGAUGCGUGCCCUGUGUGUAAUUAGCCGCAAGCGUGCCAGCAAACGUCACAUCCACUACGACACGCUGCAACGUGAUAAGGGCAGCAUACAGUGGAUCGAAGGCAAAUCGAGCAGCAGCGGCUCGUCACUGUAUCACCGCAGCAAUAGUGGCACCAUGACAGCCAAUACGUCCCCCGAUGAGAUUAAAUUCGCCAAACUGAUGGCGUUCCUCAGCAUCUCCUUCGUGAUCUGUUGGAUGCCGCAAAUGAUUGCCAUACCCAUGGCUAUUUUACCGAACCGUGUGCCCAAGGCGCAUCCUUUCUUCAUUUUGGCCGACGUGCUGAUGGCAUUGAAUUUCACCUUCGACCCGUACAUCUACGUGCUAAGCCGCACCAAACAGUCCCACCUAAUGGGUUGCAUUAAGGACUGUCGCUGCUAGCUGUAAUGGUCACAAACUGAAGGACUGAGGGGCUGAACAGUUUGAUAGCGGUUUGUCUACUCGAAAACUUGCACUUUAAGUAGAACUGAUUGAGAUUUUACAUUGUACAUAAUACUCAGCUACUGAAGCCUAUAAGGAUCUGCUACAAGGUUUUAUAUACACAAUUUAGAUACAUACAUAUGUACAUAUAUUGUACAUAUAAUUUUAUAUAUGAAUACUACGAAAGAAU